AUGGAAUGUGUUGAAAAGAGGGAGAAAAGGGAGUCAAGGUUGUACAAAUGGGUUGAUCUUAUUAACAUGGUUCAAGCUAGUGAUGAUGAAUUGAGGACUGGAUUACUGGCUCUUUCAGCUAUAGAGAUUGAUGGUUAUUGGAGAAUUGUGGAUGAGAAAUGCAUGGAUACAAUUCUAAGGAUCUUGUUGCAUAAUGCUACAUUAAAUGAUUGGUCACUGGAUGCCCUUAAUGAAGAUGAAGUUGUCAGUAUGCUGGAAUCAGAUGGUUACCCACACAAACUUGCACGCCACUGUUUGCAGGUAUAUGCUAAAAGGGUGGAUGAGCAAAUGGGAAGAAGUCGUAUGUGGAGGUUGGACCAGAAGCGAGUAUGUGUGCAUUUUGCAAGAGAAAUAUUGAGAGGAGGAAAGAAGAGGAUAGAAAGUUUCAUGGAGGAGUGGAUGCAGAAGAUUCCAGAUGGGAUGCAGGCAACUCUGGAAAUGUUGGAAGGUGAAGUUUUGACCGAGAAGCUAGGUGUUGAGACAUGGGUUUAUGCCUUUAGUGUUCAUUCUCUGCCCUCUACUCCAGCUGAACGUUUCUCGAUUCUCUUCAGACAUCGAGCAAAGUGGGAAUCAAAAGAUUUACUGCCCUACAUCAGGGAUCUAAAUGUCCCAGGUCUUUCUUUGGAAGGCUUGCUUCUCAAGUACACCCGAAGAACGCAGCCAACCCUCGAUGCUGAACCUGUUUUUAGUGCCAGAUAGUGUGCUAAGACAGCAACAUUGGUGGUCUAAGGUGUCACUCCUUUUCUUACUCUGAAUAUUUGAACCGAGUGCAUGAAAAUCAUGGACUUGCAUGUAUUGUUUCAUCAUGAUUUUCUUCUAUGUCUAAGCCAAGUGAUGAUUGAAGUAUGCUAAUUAUUGUUGUUCUUCUCAUUUCUUCUGUUUGGAAAGCAUGCCUUUUUUUAAUUUUCUUUGUUACACCUGAAACGAAUUGAUUAUGGUUAGAGAGGUGGUUCGACAUUCCAUAAGUGUUUACAUGAUAUAAUUCAUGCUUCAGAUUGCAAAUUAAUGACAUUCAUUUCUUUGAGCCA